GCGGACUAACAAUCAAGCUCUCAUUACUGUCAGUCCGUCAGUUUGUCAGUUUGUCAUUUUGCCAGAUUGUCAGUUCCACCGCCUUCUUUUAGGCCAAUUGUUGUCGUAGUGUAAAAAUAAACAAACAUUCCGUCGCACAAUGGUAAUCCAUUCGAUAUGGCUCGCCCGGAUUAGCUACCAAGUUCACAUCCGCUUGCUGUGCUCAACUUGUUCUUAAGAUCUCCGUAUCUUUGGGUAUAAAAACCUUGCUUCCCAUAGAGAACAGCAUCAGUCAACGCACCUCCAGUCUUUGAGCUCGUUCGUCGCCCACAAACCCAAAACAACAAUCAACAUGAAAUUCCUCGUCUGCUUGGCUCUCUUCAUCGCCGCCGCCCAGGCUCAUGUGGUGGCGCCCGCUGUGGCCACCUACUCCGCUGCUCCGGCCCUGACUUACGCCGCCGCCGCUCCAGUGACCACCUACUCCGCCGCCAUUCCCCGCGCCUACUCCGCCUACGCCGCCCCCUCCGUGUAUGCCGCCCCCUCGGUCUACGCCGCUCCCUCCGUCUACGCCGCCCCCUCCGUCUACUCCUCCUCCUAUGUGGCCGCGCCCUCCGUGUACUCCGCCUACGCCGCCCCCGCCGUCGUCUCCACUCUGCUCAAGAAGUAAAGUGCUCAGAUCGAUCACAUGAUAUGCCGUCAACUUUGUCAACGAUAUUGAAAUAUUUCCACUAUGAAAUAAAGCUGUGAAUUCACGAAACAAA